CACCACCUCGUUGUUCCUCCCACUUCCACUCCUUCUCCUCUUCUCCCUCAGCACCAUUCAUCAUCAUCUUCGGUAGGCCCUCCCCCCCCUCUCUCCUCUGUUUUUGCCAGCCUUAUCACCAGAAUUCUUGCUCGUCGCCCAUUUGGUCCGUGACUUUAACGAAGAAACCCAAUUUUCCCUUUUAUCCCACCCGACCGAGAAAAGUGUCACGUCGCUCUCACCUGACCUCUCCACCCACUUCCAUCACCACCACUACUACCACUACCACCAAACCACCACCACUAUUCCCAAGACCUCCACCGCACAAAUUCCACGAAUCUUACCGAACGUACAUCUCUGACAAGUCUUCUUUGAUUUUCGCUUCUAGGUUCAGGUUCGAACGACCACUCAAUUACCUUCACAAUGGAUCAGGCAAAGUUGGCUCGGAUGCAGGCUAGCGUGCGGAUUGGAGGCAAGGGUACUCCCCGCCGCAAGGUCAAGAAGGUCCACAAGUCCUCCGGUGCCGAUGACAAGAAGCUCCAGGCCACCCUGAAGAAGAUGAACGUCCAGCCCAUCCAGGCCAUCGAGGAGGUCAACAUGUUCAAGGAGGACGGCAACGUCAUCCACUUCGGUGCCCCCAAGGUCCACGCCUCCGUCCCCUCCAACACCUUCGCCCUCUACGGUAACGGCGAGGAGAAGGAGCUCACCGAGCUCGUCCCCGGUAUCCUGAACCAGCUCGGCCCCGACAGCCUGGCCUCCCUCCGCAAGCUCGCCGAGAGCUACCAGAACAUGCAGAAGGCCCAGGGCGCCGAGGGCAAGAAGGACGAUGAGGAGGAUGACAUCCCCGACCUCGUCGAGGGCGAGAACUUCGAGAGCAACGUCGAGUAAAAUUUGAGAUUCUAAUAUAACGAAUAUUACUUCUGUUGUUUAUUUUUGUCACGUGUGUGGGUUGGUGUCUGGCGAAGGCACCUCUCUGAACCUCUAUGCGUGUGUGUCGGUCCCCGUGAAGGGACGAUCUGCAUUCUAUCAGUACUACUACUUACUACCCCCUCUUCAAGAAGCUGGAGUUUCUUUUAGUUUGCGGGAUUUUCGAGAUCUUGUCUUUUACCAUUUCGGAAAAAAAUCUAGGUUGAGGUCCUGAUUUGUUCGGGGUCAAAUUUACCAUUGAAACAGAAUCAAAACUGCGUCUGUGGGAUGUAUUGAGAA